CGAAAAAUGGGAAAGCCUAAAGGUAUUCGAACGGCUAGAAAGCUAAAAAAGCAUCGUCAGGAGCAACGUUGGAACGACAAGCGCUACAAGAAGACUAAUUUGGGUACACGUUGGAAGGCAGAUCCUUUUGGAGGUGCUUGUAUGGCAAAGGGUAUUGUUCUUGAAAAAAUUGGUGUUGAGGCAAAACAACCUAACUCUGCCAUUCGCAAAUGUGUGCGUGUUCAAUUAAUUAAGAACAGUAAGAAGAUAACAGCUUUCGAAAACGAUGAAGUUCUUGUCUCUGGUUUCGGUCGAAGUGGACACGCAGUUGGUGACAUUCCUGGAGUUCGUUUUAAGGUUGUAAAGGUAGCAAAUACUUCUUUGCUUGCGCUCUUCCGAGGAAAGAAGGAACGUCCACGUUCUUAA